UCCCUGCUCUUAGUGCCUCAGUUCGGGCGGCAGCAGCAGCUGCAGCAGCUGCAGCAGCAGGAUGAACUCCAUCAGCUCGGUGAUCCUUCAGGCCACCAGCUGCCUGUGUGAACGCUGGGGCUGCAUGCCGCUGCAGCAGCUGCAGCAGGAGCUGCAGCAGCGUUGCAGGAUGACAAAUGAAGACUUCAUCUACAUCAUCCAGAACUGUCCGCAGCGCUUCCUGCUGGUCCCGGACGGGGAGUCCUACUCGGUGGUCGGUCGCACCUCCCUGCGGCUCUGCGGGCCCUACAGCCGGGGGGCCCGCUGCGGGGGAAACUGCCAGCAGCUGCAUCUCUGCCGGUUCUACGUUUUCGGGAACUGCAGGUUCGGGAAGGGCAGGAAGUUGUGCAACCUGUCCCAUGACGUGUCCUCCCGGCACAACGCCGGGCUGCUGAGAGAAUGCACGCUGCAGCAGCUGCAGGAGGACCAGCUGUUCCUGCUGCUGCUGCAGAACGACCCGCAGCUGCUGCCUGAGGUGUGUGUUCACUACAACAAAGGCUCGGCUCCCCACGGCAGCUGCAGGUUCCAGGACUCCUGCUCCAAGCUGCACCUGUGCCAGCACUUCCUGCAGGGCGUGUGCCGCUUCGGGCCGCGCUGCAGGCGGCAGCACGCCGUGGACCACAGCAGCCAGAGCGUCCUGGAGCAGAGGGGGCUGAGCCGCCAGCUCAUCAGAGAUCUGCCCGCCAUCUACAGGAACGCCCAUCACCUGAACGCCGCCGCCGCGUCAGCUGCUGCUCCAUCACCUGCUGCUGCAUCACCUGCUGCUGCAUCACCUGCUGCUGCUGCAGACGACUCAGAUUCUGGUCAGUUCUGUAAAGCGGCCCAGACAGACGAGAUGGAGGAAAUCUGUCUGCAUUUCAUCAGGAGCAGCUGCAAGUUCCGGGACAGCUGCCGCCAGGUCCACUUCCACCUGCCCUAUAAGUGGGAGGUCUAUGAUGGCCGGUGCUGGUCGGCCCUGGAGAACAUGGAGGAGAUUGAACGGGAUUACUGCGACCCGGCUAAGACUCACAGCUCAGACUAUCAGAGGGUGGACUUUGUCACCAUGACGAUGGAGUCCAUGCCCAUCCGCCGUCUGUCCACCGUCUCCUGGGUGAGGAGGCCGCCGCACUACAGCCUGACCACCCAGUGGCUGUGGUACUGCCAGGCGGAGCGGGGCGGCUGGCUGGAGUACGGGCAGCCGGAUGAGAAGCAGAGGACCACUUCAGUCGUGUCUAGAACCCUGGAGGAGGCCUUCAUCUCUGGAGAAACCGAAGUCCAGGUGGAGAAAGGCCAGAGGGUCUACGUCGUCUCCUUCAGAGGUACCGUCACCUGGUCCGGACUCUUCAUCGAGUCUGGAUCCCUGAGUCCGGACCUGGGAGUCCAGACCAAAGCCUGGACAGUGUGGUGUGGACUCGCUGGUCUGUGCAUGUCCGGGCUCCUGCCCGGUCAAUGAAGGGAUGUGUUCACAGUUGGUGGCUCUGAGGCCCGACCCAAAGUCCAGGAGAGCUUCACCACAAUCAGGUGUUUUAUUAAUGACUUGUCCUGAUACACAGGAGUUUGUGUGAAACCAGAGGAAACCUGGGUUCUGACGGACCUGUAGAGGUUCUAAUAAACACAUCAGAGAUAUGAAGGGAACCUUAAAGCCGCGGUCGGUUUUGGUGCCGAUUCUGCUCUGACCGGGUCUUCAGCAGGUCGAAACAAUCGUUGCUCAGAUGUUGGGACAAUCAGAGUGUCGUCAGCAUAUGGCCGUACCGUGGUCUGUAGUUCUGUUCUGAUGGUUCCGAUCCUCUCUGGACUGAACCUGUCUCUCUGUCCCACAGACAUGUACCAGAGGAACCCCAAGCACCACACCAAGCGGAGAGUGCGCCGCCGUCCUCGCUUCGUCUCCAAGGCCGAGGUGGACAAGCUGGCG